AUGGCUGAUGGCAGGAGGAAGCGGUACUCCUUGAACGUGGUAGUGUCGCCGUCCCCAUCUGAGCGGCGGUUCUCUGGAAUGGAUUUUACGGAAGCGAGUGGGACCUCGCCUUGGAACUCGCCGUUCGGCGGUGGAUCUACGGAAUCGUUUCAUUUUGACAAGUCUAACAGGAAUUCGCGGCAUUCUUUUUACAGGACGCUGUCCUCGUCGAACUCGCUCAGCGGUGGGUCGGUGUACAGGAAUAGCUCAGUGGGGCUCGGUUUGAGCUCGUCUGCGUACAUGAAUGACGUAAUGUGCUCUCGGGAGUCGCUGUCGAUGUCAGCGAUAGAAUCCAAUGCGGCCAACAUAAAAGUGCUGUUUAUAGGCGAUGCUGGGGUGGGGAAGACCGCGAUGAUACUGAACUAUUGCAGGGAACUGCCGACGAGGGCACAAUGGGAGCACAUCAUCGGGUUGAGCCCCACCCCAAAUAGGGCUGGUUCGAGCAACCGGUCGGGACGCAAUCAGAUGGUUAGAAGGUCACUGACUGCGAGGGCUUACGAGCGUAAAUCGGAUAUCAUGCAAGAUCAAAGGAAAAGGUACAGUUCGACGGAUUACGAUGACUAUAAGGAAAACGAUUUCAUGGCACAGAGGGACUUCAAAAUUGUAAAAGAUGUCGAAUCAGAGAGCAGUAGUCUCAACUACGACCCAGAGGAGCUCAUAGUAGAUACGAAGACAACCAUUGGGGUAGAUAUCAAGACCAACAUAAUAAAUAUUGAUAACCGAAUAUUCAACUGCAUUCUGUGGGACACCGCUGGUCAGGAACGGUAUCGUAAUGCUAUCAUGCCCUCUUUGUAUAAGAAAUCCAAUGCAAUCAUUCUCAGCUAUGAUAUCACGGACAAGUGUAGCUUCAAGAACAGCUACGAGCACUGGUUAGUGGAGGCUAUGGGCCAUUUUGCAGCCAGGGACUACGAAAAGGCCCGCUUUUACUUCAUUGGUAACAAAACUGAUCUGUACAAGCAGAGAGAAGUCACGCACGAGGAUGUAAUUGCCGCAAUAGAAGAGAUCGAGAGCCGAUAUGGUCUAGUGAUAGCUGGGAACUUUGAAGUCACAUGCAAGAAUUUUGACUCGCUCAACGAGGCAAUGAACAACAUCACUGUGGACCUUGUCAAUAACGGAUGCUAUGAGGAGAAGGCCGAGCAAGAACUAGAAGGCACUGCAGUGUUAGAAGAAGAUGAAGAGAUGAAGGAGUCCACCACGCUCAACGAGCAAUACGACGACGAGGUUGUUAGUACCAGCAAUGACGAAGAUAGUGGAGAAGACUCGGACGGAAGCCUAGAGCCCGUGAUUAGAAAGCGAACCACUGCAAAGACCCGCAUAAUAGAUAUAUCCAAACCUAAGAACCAACCCAACAUACUCGACACCUCGCAUAAGAUGAGCUGCUGUACAUAG